AUGACCUAUAUCAAGAUAUCUAAAUCUCUUACUCAGCACCUCAAGAACUGCCAAAGGAUUUCCGAAAUGAUAGACGGUCGUAUUAUCUCCAACGACGAAAAUAGAAUUGCUGACCUCUAUACAUAUUCACAAAUCAUCAAGUUGGAGCAUUCUAUUACUGAUUUAGUAAAGCAACUAAAGACAGUUAUUGAACUCUCACCAAAUAUCAAACAGUAUCACCAGGCACUAGACCAGUUACCUACAAUGUCUAGCGAUUUGAUCCCAUCUUUUGAUAGAUACCAGCUUAAGUUGGCCGCUGAAUUGACUUCAUUGUAUCAACUGGGUAAACUAGAGCUAUUCAAUAAUAUUAUUCAUUACAGUGAUAAGUUCAAAAGUGGAAGCUCCACACCGAUAUUACCUGAACUACAAAAUGAAAACCUUGAUUUACUCUCAGCCAAUGUUACCAAAUCAUUACAUAUAAAUUCUCACGAAAAUUCAAAAGCUACCGAUGAGGAAGAAGAGGAAGACGAUGAUGAAGAUGGAUAUGAGGUUAUAGAUAAUGCAGUGACUGAUCUAAAAAAAGGUAAAGAAUGGCCUCCGAAACUGCCGAAAAUCAAAAACCCUGUGAUCAGGGCUCGUGUCUUUAUUCAUAAAUCAAUGAUUAACGAUAAACUGUAUUUAACUGACCAAGAAAUUAUCAGAUCACAUAAUGAAAGACUGGAGUUUUUAGGUGAUUCCAUAUUGAAUACAACAAUGACCACUAUCAUUUAUAACAAGUUUCCACAUUUUGAUGAAGGGCAACUCUCUCAACUCAGAAUGAGAUUGAUCAACAACGAGCUGUUAAAAGAAUGGUCUUUUCUAUACAAGUUUCCAGAUGAAUUGAAGACUCACAAUGUAAAACCUGAUGACAACAAAGAUGGAAAACAAAAGCUAUACGCUGAUGUUUUUGAAGCUUACAUUGGUGGCUUAGUAGAAGAUAAUGGUAAGAAAAACCUUCCAAAAAUAAGGAAAUGGCUUGCGAAAUUGGCAGAACCUGUUAUAUCAAAGGGACUAAAUUCUGACAUAACACUAGAAAAUACGACAGAAGUUGAUGUAAACGCCAAGAAAACCCUUUACUCUUUGAUCGGAUAUGCAGCGCUAAAUCUCCAUUACUACCCUGUCCACAAACCAACCUCUACUGACCCAAAUGCCAUAGUGGAAUGCAGGAUUACUGGCGGUAAAGUAUUGGGCAGAGGUGUCGGAAAGAACAUAAAGAUAGCAGGAAUGCGUGCUGCAGAGGACGUCUUAAAUAAUAAGGAGCUAAUAGAGAAAUACGUGAGCCUGCGAGCUUCCCUCCCAAAAUCUGAAUCUGUGAUUAAGGCAAACAAUGAUAAUACCAAGAAGCGGAAACACGAAGGUCACAGUAAUGAUCGCGGCAAAUUAAAACUACUAGCAGAUGGAUCUUUUGCAUUCAAAUAG